CCCUGGCUCCAGAAGCCUUUUUCUUUCCGCGGGAGCGGCAUGGGACGCGCCUGCCCGCAGCCCGGAGCGCAGAAUGAGAGAGUGGUGGCUCCAGGUGGGCCUUCUAACUGUGCCCCUCAUUGCUGUUUACCUUCACAUCCCGCCCCCCAAGUUAUCGCCAGCUCUGCAGUUAUGGAGGUCGUCGGGAAGCUAUUUCACCUUCCAGAACCAGAACAUCUUCUACAGAGAUGCCUCGGGCGCCGUUGGCAGUUCGGACAUUGUGGUCCUCCUGCAUGGCUUUCCAACCUCCAGCUACGACUGGUGGAAGAUUUGGGAAGGGCUGACACAGCGAUUUAACCGAGUGAUCGCCCUGGAUUUUGUGGGGUUUGGCUUCAGCGACAAACCGAGGCCGCAUCAGUACUCCAUCUUUGAGCAAGCCAGCAUCGUGGAAGGGCUUCUGGACCACUUGGGCCUUUUGAACCAGCGGGUCAACCUCCUCUCGCAUGACUACGGGGACACCGUUGCGCAGGAGCUUCUCCACAGGUAUGAGCACAAUACGACGGGAAGUGUCCUCAUCAACAGCUUGUGCCUGUCAAAUGGAGGUAUUUUCCCAGAAACUCACCACCCCAGAUUAAUCCAAACGAUUCUCAAAGAUGGCGGCCUGAUUUCACCCAUUAUCACCCGAUUAUCAAAUUACUUCUUCUUUGCCAGAGGACUUGCGGCUGUCUUUGGCCCAUAUACCCAGCCUUCAGAUGCUGAAUACUGGGACAUGUGGACAGCCGUCCGAACAAACGACGGCAACCUUGUGAUUGACAGCAUUUUGCAGUUCAUCAACCAACGGAAAAAGCACAGGGACCGCUGGGUGGGAGCUCUGCAAUCCACGUCUGUUCCCCUACAUCUGAUUUAUGGGCCUCUGGACCCGGUGAAUCCACACCCAGAGUUCCUUCAGCUCUACAAGCAAGUGCUCCCCAUGUCGACGGUUUCUGUGCUGGACGACCACAUCAGCCACUACCCCCAGCUGGAAGACCCUCUUGGCUUCCUGAACUCCUACCUGAACUUCAUCAACUCCUUCUGAGCCACGGGCAGGAAGAGGGGGAGAGCCGAUUUUCUGCUCUCAAGAGACGUUCUUUCGUUCAAGAGGGCUAAAUCGUGGGCUCCGGUCUCUGUGCCUCCGUACAAAGAGCAGGAAACCAGUUUCUCCCUUGGCGACUGAAGCAAUAAGACUCCUGGGCUAGUCACCAGUGGCUGGCAUGGAGAGACAAAAGCGAUUUCCUUGUACGCUCAGCUGCUGGUCCUUCCUCUGUGUUGCUUAAGGAGAGAAGGAAUGGCGCCGAGGGGCUAGACUGAGCCAUACAAACAGGUGCAUAAUUUCUCUGCA